CUACAUAGUAUCAACUUUGCCUUGUUCAAUAGUAUUUGAAAGAGUAAUAAUUUGGAGACGCAUAUUUUUUAAAUAAUAUAAUUUUAGUCAUAGUCUAAAUUCUGGAAAAUAAUGAGAGAUAAGUAUUUUUAAUUUUUACAUUUACAAAAAAACAAGUUAAUUCAGAAACCCAUAACUUUUUGCAUUAAAAAAAUAUUAGUAAAUAAAUAAAUAAAAAAGGCAAGCUGGUAAAGGAUAAAAAAUAAACCCCGCAAAUAAUGGAAGAGGAGUGUGGAGAGCCAUUGGAUGUUGCAGAUGAGAGAGAGAAGAGCAUGGAGAAUCCCAAUGCUUACAGACAGAGCAGAGCUUGUACUGUACAGUCUCUCUUAUGAGUUAAACUGACCUCAAACCUCAAGCCCUUCUUCCUCCCUUACCUCAUUUACCCCUUAUUCCCCAAUCUGAACUCUCAACUUCACUCUCAUCAUACUGAGUAGAACCCAAAUCCCAUUUGCUCCCAAAAGCCCCAUAAUAACUGUGAUCUGAAGCACAAGAGGAGAGAUUCCAUUCGAUUAUUAGAUCAAAACCCAGAUCACAGAAUCUUGGAUUUAGAGAGAGAAAGCGUAUGAUAGAGGACCCAUCAACCCAAAUGUCCGAGGAUGACGAUCGAUCUCCACCGUUGGAUCCCGGAUGCCCGGAGAGCAUGACGGAGUCCUCGACCAAGACCCGGAACUGUUCUGGGAUAUCUGGGUCUGGGUCCGGGUCGACUUCGGUGGAGAUACAGGCGCCAUACCCGGACCAGGUACUGGAGAACGUUCUGGAAAACGUCUUGUGUUUCCUUACGUCUCGGCGGGACCGGAGUGCCGCCUCAUUGGUAUGCAAGUCGUGGUACCGGGCGGAGGCACUUACCCGAUCGGAGCUCUACAUCGGAAACUGCUAUGCUGUCUCGCCACGACGCGCCACUGCUCGGUUCACUAAGAUUCGGUCCGUGGCGAUCAAGGGAAAACCUAGGUUCGCCGACUUUAAUCUCAUGCCGCGCGAUUGGGGGGCCUACUUCUCGCCCUGGGUCGCGUUCAUGGCCAAAGCUUACCCCUGGCUGGAGAAGGUUUAUCUCAAGCGCAUGACCAUCACUGACCAGGAUCUCGCUUACCUUGCUAAGUCCUUCCCCGGAUUCAAGGAGCUCGUUCUCGUGUGCUGCGAGGGUUUUGGGACUUGUGGCCUCGGCGUGGUCGCCAGUUCUUGCAGACAACUGAGAGUGCUUGAUCUGAUUGAAUGUGAGCUUAACGACGAUGAAGAAGAUUUUAUAGAUUGUUUUCCAGAGAGCCAUACCUGUCUCGAAUCUCUGAUUUUCGACUGUGUAGAUUGCAUGGUAAAUUUUGAGGCGUUGGAGGCUCUGGUGGUUAGGUCUCCACAAUUGAAGAAACUUAGGCUGAACCAGUCUCUUUCUAUUGGGCAACUAUACCGCAUAAUGAUCCGAGCUCCACAACUCACACAUCUAGGGACGGGGUCAUUUGGCACAUCUGAUGGCAUGAUGCAGGGUGAACAGGAACCAGACUAUGUCUCUGCUUUUGCGGCUUGCAAAUCCUUAGUUUGUCUUUCAGGUUUCAGGGAAAUCAUGCCAGAGUUCUUACCUGCAAUCUACCCAGUCUGUGCUAAUCUCACUUCUCUGAAUUUCAGCUAUGCAAAUAUCAAUGCCGAGCAACUAAAACCAGUUAUAAGCCGCUGCAUCAAGCUUCAAACUUUAUGGGUUCUUGAUACAAUAUGUGAUGAAGGGCUACAGGCAGUUGCCGCAGCUUGUAAAGAACUUCGAGAACUAAGGGUUUUCCCUUUUGAUGCUAAUGAGGAUAUUGAGGGACCUGUUUCUGAGGUUGGUUUGCAAGCAAUUUCUGAAGGUUGUAGGAAACUGCAAUCUAUUUUGUACUUCUGUCAGCGCAUGACUAAUGCAGCUGUGGUGGCCAUGUCAAAGAACUGUCCUGAUCUGCUUGUAUUUCGUCUCUGUAUAAUGGGAAGACUCCGACCAGAUCAUGUGACAGGUCAACCAAUGGAUGAAGGGUUUGGAGCUAUUGUUAUGAACUGUAAGAAGCUGACUCGACUUGCUGUAUCUGGAUUACUGACUGAUCGAGCUUUCAGUUAUAUUGGAGAAUAUGGGAAAUUAGUUCGAACCCUCUCUGUUGCUUUUGCGGGGGAUAGUGAUAAUGGGCUGAAAUAUGUGCUAGAGGGCUGUCCUAAACUGCAAAAGCUUGAGAUCAGAGAUAGCCCAUUUGGAGAUGCAGCACUGCGCUCUGGCUUGCAUCAUUAUUACAACAUGAGAUUUCUCUGGAUGUCUUCAUGUAGGCUAACCCGUCAGGGUUGUAGAGAGAUUGCUCAAGAAAUGCCUCGGCUGGUAGUUGAAGUUAUGAGAGAUGAACUAAUGACUGCUGUCAGCGAUGAUGAACCAGGUGAUAAUGUUCAAAUUUUAUACAUGUAUCGAUCUCUUGAAGGACCAAGGGAUGAUACUCCUGAGUUUGUUGAUAUCCUCUAAGAGUUUGGCUACAAGAAGUUGGUUCAAGUUUCCCUAUGGUGAAUUGCGAAGAAAUUAGGGAACUUUUCCUGUGGGAAAGGUCAAAUGCUGCAGGUGACUUUUGUAUAAGCCUGCUGCAAGUGGUUCCUGCAAUUACAAAAAAUGAGCUAACAAUUUCUGUUCCUGAACAGGAUUUUUGCAGUGACAUUCACGGGGUAAGUAAAGUAGCAUGGCAUCGAAAAGAGCACUUUAGAAAUAUCACUUUUUCCUCAAUGUUUUUGUUCUCUUCCUGAUGACUCAGAGAAGGGGCAAAUGUUGAGGGUGUAUGGUAUUAUUGGAUCAUCCACUGUUGUAUUGUAAGCUUCUUAAUUUUUCACCUUUCUAUUUUGCUUUCAUAUUCAUUUGAUCAUAAGCAACGGCUGCUAGAAGAGAAGGGAGGGUGGUUGUUACCACCAGCUUAGAAGGUUGAUAAAGCUGCAACAAUUUCCGCAGAUCUUGUUGUUCAUCAUUAAGUUAAGAAAUGGAGAGAUUGAUCUUGGAGUGGAGGUCGAGAAUGGUCUUUAGUCAUAGAGUUCUCUUCUGCACCACAGGUAGAGAAGUGAAAGCUGGUGUCAACUCUUUAAAGGAACAUAGUUCGUCUAUUUUGAUUCAAAUGAUAGUUUAAGUUGUAGCCGGUGAGAACUAAAUGCGCAGACUGAUUAAUCUUCGUUUCUCUCUAAGUGUUUGUUCUUUUCAGAUGUGUUGUUUUGGCACCUGACUUUUAAAUUUAUUAUUAUUAUUAUUAUUGUUAGAACAAUGUGAUAUGGGUAAUAAAUGCCAAAAUAUGCAUGGACCAUAUAUUCCCAUAUA